CGGCCAGGGCAGCCGCCCUUAUCCGGUCUAAUUGACCCCCAGGAACCAACCCACCUAACCCCUACCAUUGACAAACCUGUCGUUCCUAAUCACCACCGAUGAAAUUGGACAAUUGGACCGUCGACCAGCCUACGUUAUACUUGAUCACAUCGUCUUGGCCGGGUCGGCCUAGCUCCCCUCAAGUCAAGGACCAAGGAAAUGGCAUCUCCUAGCUCCAACUCCGAUGGAGACCUGCAGGAAGGCCUUCGCCCCUGCAACUCCAACCCCAUCUCCAGCAGAGACACUGACAUGGAUAAGAAGUUACAAAAUGCAGCAAGCCUAACAUUCCGAUUAUUACAAGAAAUCACAGAUAAUUUCUCCGAGGGGCGAAAAAUUGGUCAAGGUGCAUAUGGAACGGUUUACAAGGGGGUGUAUGACAACGGUGAAGAGAUUGCAGUGAAGCUGCUCCAUAAUAACAUGCAAGGAACCGAUGAUGGGCAAUUCAAACGCGAGUUUGAAAACCUUAUGAGGCUCGAGCAUCAGAAUGUUGUACGGUUAGUUGGCUACUGCUACGAAACACAACAUAAACCUAUGCUGCAUGAGGGAGAAACCAUUUUUGCUGACGAGAUAAGCAGAGCUCUCUGCUUUGAGUAUAUGCCAAAUGGGAGCCUUACAAAGCAUAUUUCUGAGGAAUGUGAUGGUCUUGACUGGAACACACGUUACAAAAUUAUCAAGGGGGCUUGUGAGGGAUUAAAAUACCUUCAUGAAGGAUUCAAAGAACCAAUUUACCACAUGGACCUAAAACCUGACAAUAUACUGCUAGAUGAGAAUAUGAUGCCAAAACUUGCAGAUUUUGGUUUAUCCAAGCUCUACGAUGGAGAACAAACCAUGAUCACACAAACUCUUAUGGGAACAGUUGGAUACUUGCCACCAGAAUACUUAUUUGAACACAUAGUCUCGAAGAAGUUGGACAUAUUCAGCCUGGGUGUUGUGAUUACAAAGAUAAUUGCAGGACCUAGAGGCCCCUCCAGGAGGGCUGAAAUGACUCACCAAGAGUUUCUUGAUCAAGUACAUGAAAACUGGAGGAAGAGGUUGCAGGAAACAUGGCGUGCUUCCCGAACACUAGAAGCAUACUGCGAGCAAGUGAACACAUGCAUUGAAAUAGCACUGGGCUGCAUGGAAACCGACAGGCACAACAGGCCCACUAUAGUGCAUAUCAUCCAUCAACUGAACAAGACUGAAACUGUGAUUAAAGAGUUGAAAAAUGACCAAGGAGCUGAACCUUCUGGAGAUGAAUAUGCAGCUGCAGACCCGCAGCCACUCCCAAUCCCAUCCAUAUAUGGGCUAAGAAUCACAGGUGAAGCUUUUCCUGGAGGAAAACUUCAAGCAAGUGGGUAUUCCAUCAGUGGGACCACAAGUGUUGUUUUCCAGUGGGUUCGCCAUUUGGAAGAUGGAUCGGUAUAUAACAUAGAAGAUGCUGCGUGUCCCACAUAUUUAGUUACCGGUGAUGAUGUAGGUACUUUACUAGCCGUUGAGGUCCAGCCUCUAGUUGACCAAGAAAGAAAGGGGGAGACCGUGAAGGUUUAUGCUAAUGAGAAAAGAAAAAUUAUGUGGGAGAAUGACUCAUUGCCAUCCAUAGAUGGAUUAAGGAUCACAGGUGAAGCUUUUCCUGGAAGAGAACUUACAGCAAAUGGGUAUUCCAUCAACGGGACCACACUUUGUAAUUUCCAGUGGGUCCACCAUUUGGAAGAUGGAUCCGUAAGGUUCAUAAAAGAUUCAACGAAUCCCACACAUUUAGUUACCGAUGAUGAUGUGGAUACUAUACUAGCCGUUGAGGUCCAGCCUCUAAAUGAAUGGGGUAGAAAGGGGGAAAUCGUGAAGGUUUAUGCUAACGAACAAAGAAAAAUCACUGACGAUCCUGAAAUGAAGGAGCUUAUCAAGACAAGCCUUUCAAUUGGGCAUGCCUCUUAUGAAGUUCUGCUACCCGUUAGAUAUUUAGAUAUGUGGGAACCUGCUGUAUUGGCAAUAAAGAGGGAAGGUUACAGCAUUAAGUGUAACGGACAGCGUGGUGUUGUUAUUACAGAGAAAUUCCAGCAAGCAACAGCUAUCAAUAUUCCAUAUGGGCGUCCUACUGAAUUUUCAAUUCAAUCUGCUGAUGGUGCUGAGUAUAAUCUCAAGCCUGCCGAAAAUUCCCCGUCACGAGAUUUCAUUGUUCAAAUACUGAGGUCGUUCAGAAUGCAGGCUGUUCAGAAUGGUAAAGGAAGAAGAAAGGGCAACUUCUUCAUGCAGAGUAGAGUAGAGCGUGGCGAAAGUGUUUCCUUGUAGCUAAUUAUGUUUGGCUCGCAGUUCUUAUGUGUAGAUUUUUAUUUUAUCUUGAGAAAACCGGUUGGAGCACUGACUAUUCUAUUAGCACAAGAGAAACCACAAUUACAAGUGGUGAAAAAACUAACAUUGGACAGCACUAAAAGCCUGUUGGUUAAUGUCCUCCAUUGUACUUGUACAGCAGUAAACCUGAUCGUAAAGAAAGAUAUCCAAUUUUGUU